GCGCCAUGCUUCAGUUUGGUUUGGGAUGGUCUCUCCGUGUUUCUGUAGCUGUCGGCCACUGUUAUUGAUGUUUUUUCCUCGACAUUUCCAUGGUAACUGUCCUGUCUAACGUCUGAUCAGCAGCAAGGAGCCGAGCAGAGUGUGAGAAUGGAGCUGGAGGAGAAAAACCCGGACCCUAAAUACGGGGAGUCCAGGAAGUUUGACCCAAACUUCAAAGGGCCGAUUCACAACAGGGGCUGCACAGAUGUCCUCUGCUGUAUUCUCUUCAUCUUGGCCCUGUUGGGGUACUUUGCUGUUGGUAUCAUUGCCUGGUCUCAGGGUGACCCCAGGAAAGUGAUCUACCCCACAGACAGCAGAGGGCAGUUCUGUGGACAAGCUGGAACACCUCUGGAGAAGAAGCCCCUCCUGUUCUACUUCAACAUCCUGAAAUGUGCCAGCCCUCUGGUGCUGCUGGAGUUCCAGUGUCCCACCACACAGGUAUGUGUGGAAAAAUGUCCCGACCGGCACAUGACGCUGGUGAAAGCCAAAAUAGGCAACAAAGACGACCGUGAAUACUUCAAACAGUUCUGUAAGGAUGGGGUGAACUUCACCAAAAGUCCUCCAGAGCUCCUGAGGGACGGCUUGUGUCCUGCCUUACUGAUGCCCAGCAAACCCUUCACGCGUCGAUGCCUUCCUGCCUUGGGAACCUUGAAGGGCGGGGUGGUGGUGGUGGGCAAUGAGACCACUAUCGACCUUGAUUCGGGCGUCAAAAUUAACGCCACAGAUGUGCUGGAGGCAUCCAAGAAAUCCAAUGUGGUUGUUGAAGCUCGCCAGGUGGCCAUGCGAAUCUUUGAGGACUACACUCAGUCUUGGCACUGGAUAUUGCUAGGUCUGGUGAUCGCCAUGCUCGUCAGCUUGAUUUUCAUCGUCUUGCUGCGAUACUUGGCUGGCGUCAUGGUCUGGGUCAUGAUUGUGUUGGUUAUCAUCGUCAUCGGAUAUGGGAUUUUCCACUGUUACAUGGAGUUUGCGAGUCUGAAGGGAGAGCCGGGUGCUGACGUCACCAUCCGUGACCUGGGCCUGCAGACAGACUUCUCUGUCUACCUGCAGAUCAGACAGACCUGGCUGGCCUUCAUGAUCAUCCUGGCUAUUGUGGAGGUCAUCAUCAUCCUGCUACUCAUCUUCCUCAGGAAGAGAAUCAUGAUCGCCAUCGCCCUCAUCAAAGAAGCCAGCAGAGCUGUUGGGCACGUGAUGUCAUCCCUGUUUUACCCACUGCUGACCUUUGCCCUCUUGGCCUUGGUGAUCGCUUACUGGGCCAUCACUGCUGUUUUCUUGUCCACCUCUAAUGAGCAGGUGUACAAAGUGUUCAACACCUCUGAGUGUGAGUACUCACGAGAGACCUGCGACCCCAAGACAUUCAACACCUCCAACGCUUCAUCUCAGUGUCCAGAUGCAGAAUGCCUGUUUGCCUUCUAUGGUGGGGAGACCCUCUACCACAAAUACCUCAUCCUGUUCCAGUUCUACAACGUCUUCCUCUUCUUCUGGUGCGCCAACUUUGUGACGGCGCUGGGCCAGGUCACUCUGUCGGGGGCCUUUGCCUCGUAUUACUGGGCCUUCAAGAAACCUGAUGAUAUUCCCGCCUACCCCAUCUUCUCCUCGCUGGGACGGGCUCUCCGAUACCACACAGGCUCCCUGGCUUUUGGCUCUCUGAUCCUGUCUAUAGUCCAGGUCAUCAGGGUCAUUCUGGAGUACCUGGAUCACAAGUUGAAAGGUGCUCAGAACAGAUGUGCUAAAUUCAUGCUGAGCUGCAUGAAGUGCUGCUUCUGGUGUUUGGAGAAAUGUAUCAAGUUCCUCAACAGGAAUGCUUACAUCAUGAUUGCCAUCUAUGGAAAAAGUUUCUGUCCGUCUGCUCGAGAUGCUUUUUUCCUUCUCAUGAGGAACAUCAUCAGGGUGGCUGUUUUAGAUAAAGUGACUGACUUCCUGCUGUUUCUUGGGAAGCUCCUCAUUGUUGGAAUAGUUGGCAUCUUCUCUUUCUUCUUCUUCUCUGGGAAAAUCAGAGCAGUAGAGGAUGCUGCUCCAUCUCUGAACUACUACUGGGUGCCAAUACUGACGGUGGUAGUGGGAUCCUACCUCAUCGCCCAUGGCUUCUUCAGCGUGUACGCCAUGUGUGUGGACACACUGUUCCUCUGCUUCUGUGAGGACUUAGAGAGAAAUGAUGGCUCAUCCGAAAGGCCUUACUUCAUGUCCCCCGAGCUGCACGACAUCCUCUCCAAAACCAAGAGGCUGGAGGAGGACCAUGAUGGCAUCGAUCAGGGGGAUUCUGCGGAUGCCGCGAAGCAAGUGGACGAGGUGAAACUGGAGGAGGAGACUCCUCUUCAGCAGCAACAAGACGGAGAGAUCCAACUGAAGCAGCAGACGGUGCUCAAGCAGGACAACGAGGAGGAGGAGCCUCUGCAGGCCGAGACAGACGCCGAAGAGCCAAAAGAGGAGAAAAACGAAGAACAAAAAGUCAGUCAGGAAGAGGAGGCUGAAAAGAAGGAAGAGGUGAAAGAAGAGGUGAAAGAAGAGGCGGAAAAGCAGGAGUUGAAAAAGGAGGAAAAGACCGAGGAGGUGCCGCCUCCUGCUGUGGAGGCUGACAAACAGGAGACUGAUGAAAAGAAAGAGGAGAAAGAGGAAUCCUUGGAAGAAAAACCUCCCUCUGCACCAGAGGAGUAGAUGUUAACAGUAAUGCAGGGGCAAAAAAUAGGCUUGGUAAACCUCAUAAAGCAUAAAGAAUGAAAGAACUGUAUCUAUGUGAAAUGGGCCUGUUAAAUGUACGGCAUUACAACAAGCUAAGAUUUCCAAUGGCCUUGCUAUGUGAGCAGCGUGACGUCCAGCUGGAUCGUCAGGGCCGUGGUUCACAUGUUAAGGUCAAAGCAGGUCAAAAGCCCAGUGCAUCUCUGUAGCUUGGAAAAAUGCUCUCUUGUGUUGGUUUUAGAACAGUGUUGGUUUUUAUAUUGUGAAGAUCUGUAGAACAUUGUGAGUGCUGAACCUGUGCCUGAUUACUGUCACUAAUAUUUGUUGUCUUAAUCCUGUUAACGAAUGCACUACAGAACCACUAAGUACCGUGUUUACAGUCAGAGCCAGUGACUGUAUGCAAAGAUGGACGAUGCGUGUCCACUUCCUCCCACUGUACAAAAAUGAAGCCAAAAUAUCCUGGAUAUGGAGGCUGCCAUCUUGCGCUGGUGAUGUCAUUUGGAGUCAGAGCAGUGUUUCCCACAGAAUUAUAAUCUGUGUGUGGCUGGGCAGGCCCCCUCUGUAAAUUCUGAGGGUUUUUUGGGUCCUUGAACGCAGCGCAGAACUCUUGUUCUUUUAUUCCUCAGCUGCAGUUUCUGGAGUUUAAGUCGCGGGGAAGAUAGGCCAAAUUGAUUAGUGGCUCCGAUCAACAAAUCAGAGCUGAUCAGAUCAGAUAGACAGAUGAGAGGAGCAGCUGCUGCAGAGGCGAGUGAAAGCAAACUUUAAGACCCAGCGCAAUGAACGGUUAGGUUUCACUUUCACUGCACCUGACGUUCUGCUGCUCCAUCUGUGCCCAGAGUAUGCUGUGCACUCCAAGCGUGUGGUGCAAUGAGUAACCGAAUUGUAUUUAUAUAUUCCAACAGGGCUCCUAAUGAAUGGUCCAGCUACAUGAAUAAAUAAUCAGUAUGUGGUGGCAGAUGUUGUUGGCAGGCCGCCACAGAUAAAUGAAUGUGUGGGAAACCCUGAAAAGUCUGCACAGUAAAACCUCAGUGGUAUCAAGUUGCCCCUUAUACACCCAUCCAACCAAUCAUGAGCAGCGCCACUGAUCACAAGCACACCGAUUGGCUCACACAGCUGUCAAUCAUAAUGUCAGAACCUCUUUUUACAGCAUCAAAUAACUAGUUGUAACCAACCUUUUUAGAAAACCGAGCACCGAACAUACAUCAGCAGGAUAAGAACGACUUAAAAUGACAGAAACCAUCUUUGGAUAUAAAUUUAUUACAAGUUUUCAGGCCCAUGUCUCAUCCACUAACAUAAGGGGGGCAUGGUAGACUGCAGCCAGCCACCAGGGGGCGAUGGAGAUGUUUUGGCUUCACUUUUGGGGAGCUGUCAUGUGGUCCAUCUUUAUAUAUCCUACAGUCUAUGGUCAGAACACACACAUCUCAACCGAUGGUGAAUCUCCUUCACUGUUUACAAUAAUACCAGCUGACGCCAAAAUGUUACAGACAUAUUUGAUAUACUGUAUAAAUAUUGGAUCUUUUCUUUUUCCUAUGGAACUUGUAUAUACACAGUAGUGUACGUCUAUUAUGUAUUUUUUGGCUUCAGUCUUGUAAAGAUCCAAGAUGGGAUCCAAUGUAUUGUAUUGACACCUACUUGCCUUGGUAUUUCGGACUGGCGUAAGUGCUGUGAUUGUGUCGCCAUGACGCAGCCAUCGUGACCUCUCUGCAGACCCCCCCUCCCCCAGUUGUUUACUGAUCUGAUCUUACUUGCUCUGUCCCUAUCCUCUCUUUGUCCCUCUCUCUUUCUCUGUCUAAGUGCUGCAUGGUGUUGACAUGGCCUUCUGAAUGCUCGCAACUAACAUUCUCUGGAUGCUUUUGUACCCUUUUUUCUUGUUUGUCACCUUGUGAAAGAUGUAAGUUGAAUUCCCAAAUGAAGUUACUGAUGACAUUCCAUAUUUAUUGGAUGUAAAUCUUGAUUAAAGGUGAUUGUAUUUAA